CAACCUCACUCUGUCCGUCUGAGAGCACGUUCAAUUUCUUAUCGUCUUUCUUGCUCAAAUUCACUUUCCACUUUCUUCAAACGCUCAGGAUCAGAGGUCCCAAACUCAAAGUUGAAGAAUUUGGACUAUCGCCGGAGCGAUGAACGUCAGUCGUCCAAUGGUACAUCCAGUGGAAGCUCCGCCUUCCACGGAGGCGGCCCAUAACAGACCCAGAGUCAGGAUGAAGGACAUGCAGGGCAUGCCUGGGACUCCCGGUGGCCUGAUUCUCCGCCUCUCUCAGUUCCUUUUCGCUGUCAUCUCUCUUUCUGUCAUGGCCACCACCAGUGAUUUCCGCUCUGCCACUGCUUUUUGCUAUCUUGUUCUUGCUGCUGGCUUGCAAAGUUUCUGGAGCCUGUCCCUGGCAUUGCUUGAUGUCUACGCUCUCCUGGUGAAACGAAGUCUACGGAACCACUUAGUAAUCAGUUUCUUCACCAUUGGUGAUGGGAUUACGUCCACCCUCACAUUUGCUGCUGCCUGUGCAUCAGCUGGUAUCACAGUUUUGAUUGGCAGUGAUCUCAACAAAUGUGCUCUGAACCACUGCACUAGAUUUGAGACCGCCACAGCAAUGGCCUUUAUCAGCUGGUUUGCCGUGUCUCCAUCCUUUCUAUUGAAUUUCUGGUCAUUAGCAGCCCCCUAAGUGAGUACAAGUGAAAGUGUUUGUGCUUUUAUUGUGCAGCUCCAACUUCUCUUAAAAGUUGAUUGAAGAAACAUUGUAUAUAUCUAAAUUUUGCUAGUUAUGUGAUUUAUUUUACUCCUGUUUUAAUAAAGAUACACGACAUAC